AUGUACGUGCUUUCUCGUGCUAGCGAAGGUCAGACCUCCCUGCGAAUCCUCUACAGCCCGAUCAUCAUCAUCCAGUGGAGACAAUAUAUACGCUUUUUCAAGGAGCCAGUGGAUCACACCCUUACUCUUAACUUAUCACAACCCCUCACAUCCGUUCGCGAGGUGAUACAACUCCCGCGCAACGCCGGGACAUCCAGCGCCGACCCCCUACACUUUGUAGUGCACAGCGAUUCCCUUUUCCCCGAGGCGACUGAAUCAAGCCGCGAUGUCGUUCCCGAGUUCCCGUUAGAUGAUUUCGAGAACACUAACGUGGACUUCACGGGAGACAUUCUGAAGCAGCGUUUUUCGCCCAAGAGGCCUGCAGCAUCAGCUAGCACCGCUAACACCCCGAAAGACUGGACCAUGAGGGACUUACCAGAUCCAUCCGGUCACUUCCGAACGGUCCUCAAUCUCUACAACGUCGAGAACGUGCCUGUGGUUGUCCCCAACGUCUGCGACGCUGCAGGUAGCCUCAUUCAUCCGACCCAGUACGGUAAGCACUUCGCGUCGUCCCAACCUGCAGUGGUGGAAGUCGAGAUGCGACUGUGGAUAUUCGCCCCCGUUAGCAAAUGCUCUACCAACACCCAGAUCUACCAAAUCAUACUUAAAUCGCUCCGUUUGUUACCCCUCACGGGAACGCCGAAAGCCGUUUUGACGAAGGCUGUCGAUCCUUCAUCUUCACCUACGGAGCCGUCAACCCCUGACAACAAGGCGAAACGAAAGGUUGUUGCUCCCGCGGGUCAAGCAUCCCCUGUGAAAAAAAGGGACAGCGUAAAGUAA